GAGUUAAGCUGUUAUCAUAGUUUUAGUUUCUAAAUUCUUCAAAUUUAAUAUAACCACACUGAAAAGAUAUACCUAUUCAUUUAGUAAGUUAUCUGUUAAAAUAUAUACUUUAUUUUCCAGUACAUGUUAAUUUUCAGUUACAGAGUUGAAGAGUUUUAUAAUUUGACUGCAGCUUUCUUAUUGGUGAAUAGAAAGUAUGAUUUUUUUUCACUUUUUAAGGGUAUGUUUUUAUAUUUGUUUUCUUAGAAAUACUUGAACUGUUUUCAUCUAUGUUAUACUUUACCUGCUGUUUCAAUUAGGAGUACAUUCACUGAAAGUAACAGAAACUUACUUGGCUAACUUAAGCACAAAUGGAGUUUUUUGGUUCACCCAGCUGUAGGGGUAGAUCAAGCACUAGUUGCAUCAGGUCCCUGUUCUCACCAUCUCUUGGGCAGGCUCUCUGCACAUGGUGAACAUGAUGGUGAGUAUGAAGGUGACCAGUAGCCCAAGGCUCAUCAUGUUUCAUAAGACUGCUUCUUCCUCAGUACCUUGUGCAGGCAGCUUGCAGAGGGACCCUAAAUGAUUUUGGGUCAUAUGCCCAUCACUGAGUCAAUAAGUUUAGUCAAGAGAAACGGAUUUUGGGAGGCUGAGGCAGGUGCAUCAUUUGAGGUCAGGAGAUCGAGACCAGCCUGAGCAACAUGAUGAAACCCCCGUCUGUACUGAAAUACAAAAAAAUUUUAGCCAGGCAUGGUGGCACAUGCCUAUAGUUCCAGCUACUCGGGAGGCUGAGAUAGGAGAAUUGCUUGAACCUGGAAUGCAGAGGUUUCAGUGAGCCGAGAUUGUGCCAUUGCACUCUAUCCUGGGCAACAGAGCAAGACCCUGUCUCAAAAAAAGAAAAAAAGACAAUGGGAUACUGAUUGAGCAUAUCCAGCCUCAGGCCAUCCGCAUGCAAAGGAAAAGAGAAAGAGAAGAGGGCUUUUGUAACCUGAAGAUGGAAAGGAUGUUAGGACAAACAAUAAUAUCAGAUUACACCUCAUUUACCGAGAGACUUGUGGUAGUUUUUUAAAACUUUGUUUUUCAGAAACUUGAUUAAAUGAGAUACAUGUGUAAAAUCACUUGGUAGAGUGCCUGGCACUUAGAAGAUUGGCCCUGAACCACAGCUAGAAUUGAGUUUACCUCAGGUGAUAAAGGGAGUGUUUGACUUAAACAAUUAUUUUGAUACAAUUUUGCAUUUACAGAAAAGUUUUAAGAAUUGUACAAACAAUUCCUGCAUGUCCUUUAUCCAGAUUCACUAGUUUAACAUUUUGUCCCAUAUACGUUAGGACAAAGUAUUGUCUCUGUUUCUUUUUACACAAACCCUCCUCCCCUCCAGCACACACCCUUUUUCUGAAAGAUGUGAGAGCAAUUUGCAGACAUCUACUUUUAACCAUAAAUACUUCAAUGCAUUUCCUAAGAAUAAGAAUUUUCUGUUACAUUGCCACAAUUUGUUGAUAAAAAUCAGGACAUUUAACACUGCUGCAAUACUAUUAUCUAAUCUAUAGUUUAUAUUUAAAUUUUAAUAAUCAUUCUAAUUUUCCAUAGAAGUUUAUUUUUGCUGGUACAGGAUAACAUAUUGUUUUUGCUGUGUCUCUUUAGCUUCCUUUAAUCUGGAACAACUCUUCAGUCUUUUAUGAUCUUGACAGUGUUGAAGAAUAUAGGCCUGUUAUUUUAUAGUUCUUCAAUUUGUUUUUGUCUGAUGUUUCCUCAUGAUUAGAUUCAAUUUAUAUGUCCUUAGCAGGAAUACUCGGGGCAUCAGAUUAGGAGAUUUAUGAUGUUGAUUUGACCCAUUAUUGGUGAUGUUAACCUUAAUUAUAAGUUAAUAAGUUCAUGUUCAAUAAGUUAAUCUCGUAAAGUUAUUUAUUCCUUUUAAUAAUUUAUGAAAAGAUACUUUGAGACUAUGUAAAAAUAUUAUCUUUCUCAUCAAACUUCCUCCCACUCUCUUAGCGUCUAUUGAUGACUCUUGGCUGAAUCAUUUAUUACUAAGAUGGUUUGCCAAAUGGUGAUUUUUCCAACUCCGUAAUUCCUUCCAUAUUGAUUAGUUGGUACUCUACUCCAAGGAAGAACUUCCUGUCCCAUGCCUAUAUCUUUAUUUGUUUUUUUGGGGUCAGAUUAGACUUGUAGAUUCUUGUUUUAUUUCAUAAAUAUAUUAUCAUUAUCAUUUUUAAAUUUUGAUGUUAAAAGUGCCCCAGAUUUGGCCAGUGGGAGCCCCAUCAAGCCAGCUACAGUGAUUUUUUUUUUAAAUUUUAUAUGUCAUCAUUUUUUGAGCACUUCCUUGCUGGCACAAGAUGUUCCAGGCUUAUCUUGUACUUUCUUAGUCCCAGCCCCCAAAUCAGCCAUUUUCCACAGAGACCUGUUCUUUUUCUGGUGGUUAAUGGUAUUUAAAAAAACAAGAUAACUGUGCUAGCUGUGCUCAUUCCAAUGGGGUGUAUUUGCUUCAAGGCCCUUUCAGUGGACAGAGCUAAGAACUGUGAAUAUAAAACCUUGAAACAAGUAACAUAAUAGACAUAUGUGUAUAGUGCUAUGAUAAAUCAGAGGGACAUAAAACUGUUGUGGUGUGGCCAAGGGAGGGUCAAGAGAAAUGUCAAGAAAGUCUUCCAUUUAAGCACAGUCUUGCAGUCUUGACUUUUUUUUUUUUGUAGGCUAUAAAAAAGCUGGAAAAGGUAUAAAGGAGAAGAACCAAAAUAGUAAAAUGGAUAAUCCCAAGUUUAAAAUACUUGGCCUUAUAUAAUUUUAUACUGUGUCAGGCAACAGGUAGACAAAAGCAAGCCACUUAGUUGCAGAAGUAUGUACAUAUAUUGGCAAAAAGUAAAAACACUGUAAAACUUUAAAGGGCAUAAGCUAAUUAUAUAAGAGAUGUCAGAGACACAAGUCAACAGUGCAAAGAAUAAGUGAUACAAGAAGCCAAGAAAGGAUCAGUGUGGUGUCUGAAUGAAUAUUAAUUCUAGUAAUAUACAGCUGGUAAUUUAAAACACUUUCUCAUCCAUAGGUGUGGUAUAUUUAUUGGCACACUGUUUCUGAAGCAUAGACAUAUACCCAGACCAUAGGUAAAUUUCAUCUGAUUUCCAAGUUGGGAAGAGUGGAAAAAAGUGUAGAAGCUCACUGUGGAGCAGUACUUGCAGGAAGAUGGAAUUAUGAAGGAACAGCAUUAGUUACAGUUGGAGAAGAUGGACAAAUAAAAAUUUGGUCAAAGACUGGGAUGCUUAGAUCAACUUUAGCUCAGCAAGGAACACCAGUGUAUUCAGUAGCGUGGGGCCCUGAUUCAGAAAAGGUUCUUUAUACAGCAGGCAAGCAGCUAAUCAUCAAACCUCUUCAACCAAAUGCUAAAGUUUUACAGUGGAAAGCUCAUGAUGGCAUUAUUUUAAAAGUAGAUUGGAACUCAGUCAAUGAUCUUAUUUUAUCUGCUGGUGAAGACUGUAAAUAUAAGGUGUGGGAUAGUUACAGCCGCCCACUGUACAGUUCACAACCUCAUGAGCAUCCUAUUACUUCAGUUGCCUGGGCUCCAGAUGGAGAAUUAUUUGCUGUUGGAUCGUUUCAUACUUUACGCUUGUGUGAUAAAACUGGGUGGUCAUAUGCAUUAGAAAAACCCAACACUGGCAGCAUAUUUAAUAUUGCAUGGUCUAUUGAUGGCACUCAGAUUGCUGGAGCCUGUGGAAAUGGACAUGUUGUUUUUGCACAUGUGGUGGAACAACAUUGGGAGUGGAAAAAUUUUCAAGUAACAUUAACUAAAAGAAGGGCCAUGCAGGUUCGUAAUGUUCUUAAUGAUGCAGUGGAUUUACUGGAAUUCCGUGAUAGAGUCAUUAAAGCAUCUUUCAACUAUGCACACUUAGUUGUUUCAACGUCUCUUCAAUGUUACGUGUUCUCCACGAAGAACUGGAACACACCAAUUAUAUUUGAUCUCAGAGAAGGAACUGUUAGUUUAAUUCUGCAGGCAGAAAGACAUUUUCUUCUUGUAGAUGGUAGUAGUAUCUAUUUACAUUCAUAUGAAGGGCGCUUUAUUUCAUCUCCAAAAUUUCCUGGAAUGAGAACAGAUAUUCUGAAUGCACAGACUGUAUCUUUGAGUAAUGAUACCAUAGCAAUAAGAGACAAAGCUGAUGAAAAAAUAAUCUUCCUCUUUGAGGCAUCAACUGGAAAGCCGUUAGGUGAUGGAAAGUUUCUUUCUCAUGAGAAUGAAAUCUUGGAAAUUGCUCUGGAUCAAAAAGGACUUACCAAUGAUAGAAAAAUUGCUUUCAUUGAUAAAAAUAGAGAUCUCUGUAUCACUUCUGUGAAACGAUUUGGGAAGGAAGAACAAAUUAUCAAGCUUGGAACAAUGGUGCAUACUUUGGCAUGGAAUGAUACAUGCAAUAUCCUUUGUGGACUUCAAGAUACUCGAUUUAUAAUGUGGUAUUACCCCAAUACAGUUUAUGUGGACAGAGACAUUUUGCCUAAAACAUUAUAUGAAAGGGAUGCAAGUGAAUUUAGUAAAAAUUCCCAUAUUGUGAGUUUUGUUGGAAAUCAAGUAACUAUUAGAAGAGCUGAUGGCUCCUUGGUUCACAUCAGCAUAUCACCAUAUCCUGCUAUUCUCCAUGAAUAUGUAAGCAGUUCAAAAUGGGAAGAUGCUGUAAGACUUUGUCGCUUUGUUAAGGAGCAAACCAUGUGGGCUUGUCUAGCUGCUAUGGCAGUUGCUAAUGGAGAUAUGACUACUGCAGAAAUAGCCUAUGCAGCAGUUGGUGAAAUUGAUAAGGUUCAGUACAUCAAUUCUAUAAAAAAUCUUCCAUCUAAAGAAUCAAAAAUGGCCCACAUACUACUGUUUAGUGGCAACAUACAGGAGGCUGAAAUAGUACUUCUUCAGGCUGGCCUUGUUUAUCAAGCAAUCCAGAUCAAUAUUAAUCUCUACAACUGGGAAAGGGCACUGGAAUUGGCUGUAAAAUACAAAACACAUGUUGAUACAGUUCUUGCUUACCGUCAAAAGUUUUUGGAGACAUUUGGUAAACAGGAAACUAAUAAACGGUACUUGCAUUAUGCAGAAGGCCUCCAAAUAGAUUGGGAGAAAAUCAAAGCCAAAAUUGAGAUGGAAAUUACAAAAGAAAGAGAGCAAUCGUCAAGCAGCCAAUCCAGCAAGAGUAUGGGUCUAAAGCCCUAAAUGCCAUGCUUAUCUUUAAGAAGUUUUAUCUUUUGAAACACGUUCUGAUUAACCAAGGGUAAGCAUGUUUUGGUUGCUAAAGAAAAAAGCAUAAUUUUUAAACGAGUAUAAGUACUUGCUGUGUAUUUAAUGUAAAAGUACAUUCAGAAAGAUGAAACACAAAGUAAUUGAUGUAUUUCUAUCUUUUAUAUUUUUUAGUCCAAUAAUUAGCAAAAUAUUACUAUGUACUUAAGAGAUACCUGUGUAGUGUUGAUUAUAUUUCAGUUUUUUGCCCAUUACUUCAUCCCUAAAUUUUCAGCAUGAACAAAUAUUAAUAUUGAUAAUAAAACAUUGGACUCUUUGAUAUGUAUGUUACCAUUAAUUUCUAUUUGACCUCUAAAUUGUAAAAUGCCUCCAAAAGUUUAUUUAUUUAUAGAACAAAAAUACAUGAGGAUGGAUUUGUACAAAUGUAUAAAAUGCAGCUAUUUAUACACCAAGUUCAUAGCAGCAUUACUGGAAUAGCAAAAGAUGGAAACAACUCAAGUGUCUAUCAUGAAUGGAUAAACAAAUGUGCUAUAAUACAUACAAUGGAAUAUUAUUUAGCCUUAAAAAGGAGUGAAAUUCUGAUAAAUACUACCUCAGGAUAAACCUUGAAAACACUAUGCUAAGUGAAAUAAGCCAGACACAAAAGGCCAGAUAUGAUGCCACUUUUAUGAGGUACCAGCACAGGCAAGUUCACAGAAACAGAAAGGAGAAUAGUGGUUGCCAGGGACUGCAGGGAGGAGGAAAUGUGGGGUGGAGUUAUUGUUUAACGAGUACAUAGUUUCUGUUUGGGAUGAACAAAUUCUGGAAAUGGAUAGCGAUGAUGGUUGCUCAGCAUUGUGAAUGUUAAUGCCACUAAAUUGUACCCAUAAAAAUGAUUAAAAUGGUAAAUUUUGUUAUGUAUAUUUUAUCAUAAUUUUAAAAAUAUAUCUAGAAUGGGCAAGAAGGAUUCUCCUCAUUCCUCUCUUGACUUGAGAAUGAUCAGUCAAUAGGCCCUGAAGUCUGAAUUUGUGAAAAUUUCCUUGGGUGAUAAACUUGAUUACUCUUAAUUUAGUGUAUCCCAAAGUUAUUACUACAUAAUCUUUUAAACAAUAAAACAAAUACCCCUUCGAAAGUCUUCUGCAAACCCAUUUCUGAAAAUGGUACAUUAUAGGGUGGGUAUAGAUGCAUAGAUAUGGGAUUAUGUAUGAUAGGUAUAUCAUACAUAAUGUAUACACACACACACACACACACACACACACAAAGGGAUAGAUUACCUCUCUUAACCCCCAUUUUAAUUACUGUGUCUAGGUUUUUUAAAUAAAAAUCUUUUCUUUUUAACAUGUUUCUUUUCUUUUCUGGAAUAUUAGAAUAUUCUGUUCUUGAUCCAGAUGAAAUCUGAUUGAGCAGUGUACUUACAAGUUGUACUGUGUAUAUGUUUCCUAUAUUGUUAUAUUUCAAUGAGAAGCUUAAAAUGUUUAAAAAUAAAUGGUUAAAAGGUUUAUGUUAUGUAUAUUUUACCACAAUAAAUGCAAAAAAUAAAGUCUGUGUUCUAAA